AUGUCUGGUAGCGCUCUUAUUGCGAAGGCAAACAACAUUAUUCGCGUCCUUGACAAAGACCGUAGAGACGCGUCUUUCAGAGCACUUUCGAAUAUGAUAUCGACCGAUAUUGCCGAACAAACAUAUGCCCAGAUCCUCGAUGGACUACCAACUGAAGAUUCACUCUUGGAGGGCUCCCCUUAUAUAGAAGGCCAUCCUGUCUUUGAGUUGGAGCAGACUCGGAUCUGUGAGAGGUUUCUUGAAAAGGCACGUAGAAUGUGCGCUACUCUUGAUCCUUAUAAUAUGCAAUUUGAUGGACAUGAUGCCAAUAUGGGUUCUAAAGAAUACAAUAUUCGUCUUGUUGAACUCACACUUGUUGCCUGUCAUCAAAUAGUUGCCUACUUCUUCAAUCUUGACGAUAGAGCACACAAUCAUCAACUUUACCAGAACUGGGCACAGCAACGACGAAUGGAACAAACUUUGACAUUGGAAGUCAGAGAUAUUAUUCCACCCUCUGCAUUCUUGCAUACAUCAUACACAUAUUUCCACCAAUAUCCCCAAGGACUUGCAGACGUUGUUGGAUACUGGGCAGAAGGACGGAUAUUUGGUGGUGUUGCCGUUUUUGACCGUGGCGAGACCGAGUCAGAUAUGUUACCCGUACAUGAAACGAAGACACAAGUCUCAUAA